AUGAGCUCGAAUGCAUCUACUGCUGGUUCCUUUGACGAGUCCAGAUUUCUCAAGCGUACUCGUACUGUUCAUUUAGUCCGACUAGGACUUUCUGUCAUAGCUACAGCCGGAGCUAUCGCAGUGAUUGCGUGUGAAGCUGUUCCGCUACGCCAUCACCAGGACACUGCGCAGUGGGCGAGUAUUGGCCUGGCCCUUUGGCCGCUUAAUCUUGAUGUACGACCGACCAUUGCCUCGUUGGCCUGUGGAUGCGUCAUCGCAGUCCUGAAUUUGGCUUAUGCGGUCGUUGCUCUACUUCCCUCUCCACAUCCACGUAUCGGUCUCCUCAACUCUUAUGCAUUGACUUCUUCCUUUGCCGGAUUUUUGACAGCCCUUGUGGGUGUGACUUUCACCAUCUAUCGACCGUCUGCAUCCUACCCGAGCGGUUUCAGUCGGGGAGAAACCCUGCAAAGCUGGACAUGCAAGUGGAAGGCACCAGGUGGCUUGGGCACAGCACCUAUCGAAUUUUCCCGUGACUGCAUUGCGACGCGAGCUGGGUUCGGGUUAUUGUGCACUUUACUUGGGCUGGAGAUUUUGAUGGCGCUUGCCGCAAUUGCUGGCACAUUAGCUCAGCGCGACGUCUCGCGCCGUCGUGAAGAAAAUGCGCGGAUUGAGAAACUUGACUUUGCGGCUAAGCAGGUAUACCAGGCUUAA